UCAUCAUCACACCCCUCUUUCUCUCUCUUCCAAAUUUUGCAUCUUUCUCUCACUCCGUGAUCUAUCACCAACCAUGGUGGACCUUCAAACCGUUUGCUGCAUGUGUGGUGACGUUGGUUUCCCUGACAAGCUUUUCCGCUGCAGCAAAUGUCGUCACCGAUUCCAACACUCGUAUUGUAGCAACUUCUACCGGGAACAGGUUGAGAUAGAAAUAUGCGAUUGGUGUCAAAGUGAGAGGAGAAAUUACACAAGACACCAUGGUAUUACUGUAGGGUCGAAUUCGAAGAAAUCGGUGGCCGGAACUCACACCGGAGGGACCACUCGAUCGCAAUAUUCCGGUGAGAAGAUCAAGCAGCAUGAAGAGAGUGGUUCGAGCUUGGGGAAAGGGAAGAGUCCUAUUCCUUCACCUAGACCCUCCACACGAAGGUACAAGCUUCUGAAGGAUGUAAUGUGUUGAAAAAGGAAACAAGAAACAAAGGCAUCCUUAAGCAGCAAGAGAAAAGAGUAUAUAUACUAUCAGUGUUUCUUAGGCUUUUCAAAAGGGAUAAUUAAUUAAUUUAGUUUAGUAAGUUUAUAAAUAGUAGUAGUAGCAGCUUCCUAAAGACUUUGGUUAUGCGUGUUCUACUUGUUUUGUUAAAUAAUCUUAAGUGUCCAUUUUGUGAAUAGAAGAAGAACCAUGAAGCUUCAAGUUCAA